AUGCCGAUUGGAGCUUGUCCCACUUUCCUGGAUGGCCAUUGCCCCAUGUCCAAUCUCAGUUCGAACUGGGCCGAUCCCAUCAUGAACAUCACGGUAGCUAAGGAUGAAGAAGUUACCGAGGGUCACCCAUUAUCCUUCUAUCUCAUUAUCAUUGCUGGCGUCACACUAUCCACCAUGACAAACAUCGGCAAUAUCAUGGUUAUGCUAAGUUUCAAGAUCGACAGGAAUCUUCAGUCAGUAACAAACUAUUUCCUCUUCAGUCUAGCAGUAGCUGAUAUGUCGAUCGGGUUAAUAUCAAUUCCUUUCAUGACCUAUUACACUGCCGUGGGCUCUUGGAAUAUUGGUUACACCGCAUGUCAAUUCUGGCUUUGUAUGGAUUAUCUGAUGUCCAAUGCUUCUGUGAUGAAUCUGGUGUUGAUAUCAAUUGAUCGCUACUUCUCAGUAACAAGACCACUGACGUAUCGGCCAAAGAGAACCAAGAACAAAGCUCUAAUGAUGAUAGCCUCUACCUACAUCAUAUCUGCUUUGCUAUGGCCCCCUUGGAUCAUUGGAUGGCCAUACAUUGACGGAAAGUUCACCGAACCUGAUGGAUCUUGUUACAUUCAAUUCCUUGAAACAAGUCCUAUCAUUACUUUCAUAACAGCUUGUUGUGCUUUCUACAUUCCGAUUCUGGUGAUGACUUUUCUGUACAUGAGAGUUUAUGCUGUUGCCAAACGAAGAACCAAAGUUUUCGGAACAACAUUCAAAGAGUCCAAGAAAAUCACUGGAGGCCAAUCAGUGAAAAGCACAGGCAAUCAGAGUGAUGUGGUUACAACACAUCAGGACGAUGGAGAAGUCGAGAAGAAAAGAAAAGCAAGACGUCCUGAGAACAAAGCCGCUCGUACUCUUCUGGCAAUCACUUUGGCAUUCUUCAUAACUUGGCUUCCUUACGACAUUCUUGUUCUCUGGGAACAUUUCAACCCUCACUCAACACCUGCUUGGCUCUGGUCUUUUUCCUAUGCUCUUUGCUAUGUUAACUCUACCCUGAAUCCUAUUUGUUAUGCUUUAGGAAAUCCAAGAUACCGGAAAACAUAUCUUCAAAUUAUCAAGUGUCAAUGGGGGAAGAGGAAUAGCAGUGUGGACUGGAGGAGGUCUACGAUUGAUGAAAAAAUUUGA